GAAAAAUCAUCAGUCUUCACCAAAAUGGCGUCGAAGAAUCAGCGAUGGCUAGUUGAUUCCGGUAUUCUACGUAAAAAAAAUGUGGAGGAGGAGCCCCAGGAGCUUCUAGUCUUCGGAUACAGCUGCAAAUUAUUUCGAGACGAUGAGAAGGCGAAAAUGAUUGAUCAGGGGAAGCAUUUGAUACCGUGGAUGGGCGAUAACACGUUGAAGAUAGACAGAUACGAUGGACGUGGGGCACUGGGGGACCUGAGGGUGCACGAGCCGCCGUCUGGUGGUUUUGAUCAGAGGACAGUACUUACUGAGGAUGAACUCAAGGUUGAACAACUGUGUGAUGAAGAACGUUAUCGAUCGUUAUACAACAAUGAUGCUGAGGAGUCCAUGUAUCACGAGGAAGAAAUGAAAAGAUUACAUCAAGCACUCGGUAGUGAACACACUUAUGGCCAAGUUGCUUACAAUUACGAUGAUCAAGAUAGUCAAACAGCGAUUGGUGAAGAUUCUCAGAGUCCAAAACCAUCAGACGGUUCCCAGGAGGACGAUCAGGCAUUCGUAUUGCCCCCAGAACUUGAGGUUCCAGAGGGUACAGUUUUGCCAGAAACUCAGAAGCUUGAUGCAAUCAUCACAAAGACUGCGUUAUUCAUUAGUCGUCAAGGAAGUCAAAUGGAAAUCCUUAUUAAAGCCAAACAAGCAAAUAAUCCACAGUUUUCGUUUCUCUCCAUCGAUGGGCCUCUUCAUCCUUAUUACAAAAUAGUUUUAGAAGCUAUAAAAUCAGGGAAAUUCAAUCCAGAAAAACCUCUGGAUAAAGAGGAAUCAACUUCUGAAGCCUCAGACGAUGACGAAGAAGGUUAUCUUCACCCAAGUCUUGCAUCGUCUCUCUCUAAAGUUGAAGCGGCUCCUAGUAUACCGAGUAUACAGUACAAACCCUCAGCGGACUGUGCGUACUCGAUGCUGGUGAAUAAAAUAACCGGUAAACCACCACCAUCGCGGACUCAGCAUCCUCCACCCCCACCUGAUGUGCCUGUUCAGCAGAUGCCACCUCUUGGGUAUUAUCCACCAAUGCCAAUGCAGGCGUAUGCACCAUAUCCACUAGCUCCUCAACAAUACUCCCACGGUCCUGUGAUCUAUGGACUGAAUGGUCAAGUUCAAUCACCACCGCAUGUAUCAACACCUCCAACUCAGCUCACAGAAAGCCUUCCCACCGCCAAGGAUACCCCAGCUCCUUUGGUUCCUUACGGCACAACUCCUCCAAAGCCUCUGAGUCGUCCCUCUUUUAUCGUGCCACCUGCUGAUAUCCAAAUAAUAAUCGACAAGAUGGCAAGUUACGUUGCCAAAAAUGGCCGAGACUUCGAGGCCAUCGUGAAAGCCAAAGGAGAUCCUCGAUUCAACUUCCUCGAGCUGUCCCACCAGUAUCACGGAUAUUACGCCCACAAAUUAACAAUUUACGAGGGCGCUAUCAAUCCGAAAGUUUUAACAGAGGAGGAGCUUCUCCGCAAACAAGAGACUCAGGAAGAGAAGCAGAAAAAACUAGAGGAACUGCAGAAAAAACAACAGAGGAUGGAGGAGGUUCAGAAGCGAGUGAAGAUGAUACAAGCGAAGAAGAAAGGGGACAAGCAAAUUACAACAGUUUCAUUUUCGAUAAAGAAACCGAAGGAGGGAGAGACGAUUGUUAUCGAGAAGCGCAGUGCUUUACCUAUGGAGGAGAGUGAUGAUGAAGGGGAUGAUGAGAAGGGAGAGAAAGAGGAAGAGUUGAAAUCUGCAACCCCUGAGCCACCGGAGCCACCGAGAAUCAGCGAAUCUUUACGCAAAAAUUCUGAAGAGAAGGAACUCGUUGAUUUGACCGAUGACAUUCUCGAGGAUUGUCAGAAUCAGAUAAGGCUUAGGCAGGCUGAAGAUAAAAUCAAAGAUAAACUAGCAGCUGCAGCUAGAGAUAAACUUGCUGCUACUUCUAGGGAACGAUUGUUACAGAUUGAGAGAAGGAAAAAGGCUGCCAUGUUUCUCAGUACAAUUCAAGCUUCUAGUGUUCCUAAACCAGUUGUUGAGAAAAUUGAUGAUGAUUCAGAUGAGGUUCACUCCAUUCCAUCGCCCACUCUUGAAGAUUCAACGAGUAAGAAAGGAAAUUCACUGAUGAGCAGACUAAAGAGUGCUGAUCUUGGAAUUAAUUCCACUAAGGUCAGGUCUAAAUCGCGGAGUAAGAGUAGGAGCAGGAGUAGAAGUCAGAGCAGGAGUAGAAGCAGCAGACAUCGAUAUCAUAGAAAACAUAAAAAGAAGAAGAGUUCGCAUAAGAGUUAUGACAGUCCAAGUUCAUCAAGGUCCCAGCACUCAAAGCGUUCGAAAAAAUCAUCGACUCGUCACAGAACUCGUUCUAGAUCGCCCUCAAGACGCUAUCAGGGACAUCGAACUCGCAGUGAUUCGAGUGCCUCAUCCUCCCUCUCUUCUUGAGCUGCAAAUCCCCUAAUACCUCAAAAAAUUGUGUAAAAGUGUAAAUAAUCACUAAUUCUUUAAAUUAAGACAAUUUACUACGAUGGAUUCUCAGCAAAUAAACGAAAUGAAGAAUUAACUGCAA